UCCCCAGUGCCUUACUCUACAGCCAUGCUGUCCGACCGUAGUGCCAGCAUAAACUAGCUAUCAGGAAGGGCUAAGGACAACUGACUGAACCUAAUCCAUUCGUCUCCACUCGAAUCUCAGCUGCGCGACAUACGUCAUCAAUUUGGGCACCAUGCGUGUCCGUAUAGCCUCUCCUGGUUUCUACCUGAUUUGACUUUUCGUAGCAGGUUAGGAGAAUUAGGUUAAGGUUACAAAAGCUGCAUCCCAUCUAGUCAUGACCUACCACCUGGGCCACUGGCUGCGAUACGAUGCGGGCGUGGCCACGUAACCCCACCCCUAAAUCUCUCUCUGAGCGGGUGCGUAUGUGCUUGUUCUGUUUGUGUUCGCGCAGUGAAACGAGAAGGGGACAGAAAAGAGAGCGGGGUUGGUAGGACUUUUGUUUAGUUCGUUCUGUAGCUUAGUAGUAGUCAGCCAACCCAAGAGCCAGUUUCGACUCGAUUAAAGAGGGGUAAAUGCAAGAUAGCGCUCGAGUCAGAGCAAACUCAAAGCCGGAGCCUGCCGGCUUAUUUACGGGAUGAAAUAAAAGCCACCUCGCGACCAGCGGGAGGUGAGAGUGUUGGGGUCGCCGGCGGUGUAUCGCGAACGGGGUUCGCGAGAUUGACGGGCCGUCAGCCUGGUCCAACUUUGCCGAACGAACAAAGCCGCUAUAUUCACUGACUGGGUCCCUGGGAGCAAGCAGCAGGGAGAUCAAUCAACAUGGUCAAGUCUUUCUUCCCGCUGAAGAAACUGAGACGGAGUGGGAAACAUCUGCUGUUCUUAAUUCUGCUGAUGCUGGGAGCUUUCGCUGUCUACCACGAGUUUGUUGCUACUAAUGCGUGGAGGAGCACCAAUAGCCGUUUCAGUCUUGCCAGUGAGGAUAGCCUCGGGAGAAGACCUACCCAAGAGAGAUUGGUAAGGGUGGGGGGAGAGAGAGGAGAAGGAGAGAGGGAGAGAGACAGUAUGGAGAGGAGGUUUGGAGGUGAUGCGAAGGAGGAUUCAGAAGCCUGGCGUUCCAGCUACACCCCACAGCCCUGGAGGCCAGAGUAUAAGGGUCAGGCUAAUCUCCAUAUCUUUGAGGACUGGUGUGGCAGCUCUACAGCUCAGCUCCGCAAAAACCUGCAUUACCCGCUUUACCCACACUCUAGAACCACAGUAAAGAAGCUGGCUGUUUCUCCCAGAUGGACGAACUACGGCCUCAGGAUCUUUGGCUAUCUCCACCCCUAUACCGACGGUGAGUUUGUGUUUGCGGUGAGCUCUGAUGAUAACUCUGAGUUCUGGCUGAGCCGGGAUAACUCUCCACUCAACCUGCAGCUACUGGCCUGGAUCGGCAAGACUGGUAUGGCGUGGACGGCUCCUGGUGAGUUUGGGAAGUACGCCAGUCAGACAUCCAGACCAGUUAGGCUGUCAGUUCAGAGGAGGUACUUCUUUGAGAUCAUCCAUAAACAGAACGACAGAGGAACAGACCACAUAGAGGUGGCGUGGCAGCUGAACCAGGAGGGUCUAAGGUUUACAGUCAUCAGCUCCAAGUACAUAUCCCUCUACAGCAAUGAGUCUGCUCUGAGGAUGAGUGACAUCACUCAUGUACCCCAAACGGCUGCUAGUCACACCCGCUCGUCUAGUAAACAGCCCGACAACCAGCUGAGCAACCAGCCCGCAGCCGACAUGCUGAGAGUCGACCCACGCGACACCCUCUACCAGAUCCCUGCCUUAGACAGUAGGUUCCUACAAGGUGUGUUACCUGACUGCUCCUAUAAACCCAGCUACAUCAUCAAAGGUUUCCCUCUGCUGCGAUACCAGGGCCUGCAGUUUGUCCACAUGUCCUACAUCUAUCCCAACGACUACACACGGCUCACACACAUGGAGACAGACAACACCUGCUUCUACCACGACAGUCCUCUAUACCUGGACAGGUAUGGGUUUUCCAGGUACAUGAGGCUGGAUGAGCCAGAGGGGCAGGAGGGAGAGAGCCGAGCCAGAGUUGUUGGCAUCUUGAGGAGGAGAAAGGCGGUCCCAGAGGAGGGGUUAGAUGGCGAGGCUCCUCCAAAUGUGGGAGGGGCUAGGAAGAAAGACCACGCCCCUCCUGACUAUGGAGACGACUAUGACGAUUACGCUCAGAGACGACGACGCAAACUCUUCUCAUUGCCACAGGCCGACAGGGCACCUACACACAGACACAUGUCUGAUACUCUCACAUACAAGAAGAGGAGGAGGAGGAAGAGGAGAGAAACGAAUGCAGCAGCUGUAGUAGAGCAGCAAGCAGUAGUCCAGACCAGAGCAACAGAACAGGAUGGGUUAGAGAUCCCCCCUGGUCCUGGGUCACAUACAUCUCUACAGACUACACCAGCAGAACAGCUGAGACUAGCAGAAAGACCAGCAGACAGACCAGCAGAACAGCUCAGACCAGUGAAGUCCAGAGCAGGGGAACAGAAACCAGGAGGGAAGCCAGCAGACAGAGAAGAUAUGGGACCAGCAGACCGAAAACAACCCAGACCAAGAGAGAGACCAGCAGAACAGAACUCAGCCGGGUUAAAGAUUUUACCUGCACCACCAAAACUAGACCAGAACCUGACAAUAGACCGAGACGGACCAGUAGAGGGAGACGGACUAGCAGACGGAUAUAGACCAGAAGUUUGGCUUCCCCAGUUGCAAGGGAGGCACCAGCAUGUUCAACAGCCUGGUCCGAGGGGUCGGGCUAACGCAGCACCCAAUCCCCUGCAGGACCGCCCAUCUCCCACUGUCACUAAUUGGUCCAUCAGGGUCGGUCGAGGGUGGAGACUUGUUAACCGUACACUAGAGCUGUGGUCAGCGGUUACCAAACAGUUGACCACUCGACUGCCUGAGGUUAAACCACCCCUAAUUAAGUUGGACCACGAAGAAACUGUGACCAGGAAGAGAGUCCAGGUCCUAGAGACAGAUAUCAUCCUCCGAGCACAGCCACAGAUAAAGUCACGACCGAAAUCUGACUAUGACAACACACUCUACGGGGAUCUGCCCCCUGGCGUGGUCAGAGGGAUGAACCGUCUGGUUGAAGGGGUUGACAGAGGGGGAGGUGGUGAGAGAGUGGGGGAGAGAGAGGGUGAGGAGGUGGGUGUGAGUGAGUCUUUAUGGGGUCUUGAGGGAGACUCUGAAGAGGGGGACGGCCUGUCUUAUGACUCCACCCCUCCACCAGUGUUUGACCCUGAGGUGAACUGGGCUCAGACAUUCCAGGUGACCCCUGUCGACCUCCAAGCGAUGCGGUCUGAUUGGAUAGACCUCCGCUGUAACGUGUCUGGUAACCUGCUGCUCCGCCCUAGAGACGCUCUGCCUGUCGUAAAGGCCUUCAUGGACAAACUCAACCACAGACACCAUGGGCGUUUCACCCUGGUGCGUGUGCUGAACGUUGAGAGGAGAGUGGACGGGGCUCAGGGCAGCAGGUACUUCCUGGAGCUGGAGCUGAGGGAUGUGAAUGGCCAAUACCUUCGCCUGUCACACUACAUCUAUGCUCUGAUUCGCCACAGACUAUCUCGCCCCAGGGGACUCCCGCCCCUUCACCCUGCCCCUGAAAUGUUUCUAUGCAACCCUGUAGGUUUUCACUGGAACCCGACUGCCACUGUCCACUUCAUAGUACCAGUAAAGAACCAGGCCCGCUGGGUGCAGCAGCUGAUAGUUGACAUGGAGGGUCUGUACCAGACCACUGGCGACCCCAACUUCAACCUAAUCAUCACUGACUACAAUAGCACUGACAUGGACAUAGAGACAACACUAAAGGCAUCCACCCUGCACAGGUACCAGUACUUGAAGCUGAGUGGGAACUUUGAGCGUUCCGCAGGUCUACAGGCCGGCAUCGACCUCAUCACUAAUGAGCACAGUAUAGUGUUUCUGUGUGACCUUCACAUCCACUUCCCCCCCUCCAUCAUCGACUCAGUCAGGAAACACUGUGUGGAGGGACACAUGGCCUUCGCUCCUAUCGUCAUGAGACUGGACUGUGGGGCUACGCCCAGGGAGCCCAGAGGUUACUGGGAGGUGAAUGGGUUUGGUCUGCUGGGGAUCUAUAAGUCUGACUUGGAUGCAGCAGGAGGCAUGAACACACAUGACUUCACUGACCGCUGGGGCGGAGAGGACUGGGAGCUGCUGGACAGGGUUCUGCAGUCAGGUCUGGAGGUGGAGCGUAUCUACAUGAGGAACUUCCUGCAUCACUACCACUCUAAGCGUGGCAUGUGGAACAGACGCACCCAACGCAGCGGCACGUAACCCACAACACAGCCAAAACGUACAAUGAUGUAGCCGUAACCUACGAUGACGCAUCCGGGGGUGCAAGGAAACUGCCACACUUUAAUGUCCCCAUUCCUCGCAUCAACCAUUUACAGCUGUCGACCGGUUAACUAGAGGGCAGGACAGAGGAGAUUCCUGACACCAUUGGGUGAUAUCUCCUGUCACUCAAAAGGUUUGAGGGUGUCGUGAUGAUGGAACACAACAUUAUACAGAUUGUCCUGGAAAAAGACACUAGUGCAGAGGUACUCAAAUCUGAACAUGGAGGUCCGCAGUACUGCUGGUUGGCCAGCGAGUCACUCACCUAGUGUCCCAGGUCUGAUUCACAGGUUGAUGUUUAUUGUCAUGAAUCUUGCCCUGGAGGCAGAACUGAGCUGUUUCCGCAAGAUGGGCCAGCUGCAAAUUGUCUGUAUCUUAAAAAUGCAUGGUUAAAAAAAAGUUAAGGUUAGGCAUUAGGGUUAGCAGUGUGGUUAAGGUUAGGGUUAAGGUUGGGGUUGGGUUUAAAAACAGAUUUUAUGACUUGUGCCACUCUGUAGAGCUGCCUCCAGGGCAAGACUCAUGACAAUAAAUAACAACCUGCAUCUGAAUCAGAUCCUAGUUGGAGAGGAAAUACAGUAUGAAAACCAGCAGUGCUACAGAUCUCAAGAACCGGAUUUGAGAAAAGGUGGGACAAACACUACUGGGUACUCUAUUUAAACAUGAUACUACUGAUUUACUGUAUUCUAACAACACACUACUGAUGAUCCUGUUCUAAGGAGAUACUGUUGUAGUAAAAAUGUAAACCUUU